AUGGGUAAAAUUAAAGAUGGGAAGAAGAAGGGCCGAGAAGGGGGCGGGGAAGGAAAAACUGGGCAGGCUAUGCAGUUCAACCACGCCCUCGGACAACAUAUUCUAAAAAAUCCGUUGAUAGUGCAAGCAUUGGUUGAUAAGUCUGCACUACGGAACACUGACACAGUACUUGAGAUAGGACCUGGAACUGGAAAUAUGACGGUCAAGAUGUUGGAUAAAGUAAAGAGAGUUAUUGCUUGUGAAUUAGAUCCUAGAAUGGUUGCAGAGUUACAGAAAAGAGUCCAGGGUUCCCACUACCAGUCCAAACUACAGAUAUUAGUUGGUGACGUCAUUAAAACAGAGCUUCCCUUUUUCGACGUUUGUGUCGCUAAUGUUCCAUAUCAGAUCUCAUCGCCUCUUGUUUUUAAACUUUUACUUCACAGACCUUUCUUCAGAUGUGCAGUGUUAAUGUUCCAAAGAGAAUUUGCACAAAGACUGGUUGCUCAACCUGGUGAUAAACUUUACUGCAGAUUAUCUAUAAACACCCAAUUACUUGCCCGAGUAGAUCAUUUAAUGAAGGUUGGGAAGAAUAAUUUCCGUCCACCGCCGAAAGUUGAAUCGUCGGUUGUACGUAUAGAGCCUCGAAACCCGCCGCCACCGAUCAAUUUUAAAGAAUGGGACGGAUUGACGCGAAUCUGUUUUGUGCGGAAAAACAAGACACUGAGCGCUGGCUUUAACACAACUGGUGUCUUGCUCUUGAUGGAGAAAAACUACAAGGUGCAAAAGUCGGUGCAAGGUGAGGAGGUUCCUCAGGAUUUCAACAUUAAAGCUCUCGUUGACGAGGUGCUACAGAGCUCAGGGUUUAAGGAGAAACGGGCCCGUACCAUGGAUAUUGACGAUUUCAUGAAGCUCCUUCAUGCAUUUAACUCGGCCGGAAUUCAUUUUGUUUAAUUUUUUUCAGA